AUGGCAACAUCAGCUCGUAGAGCUUAUGGUUUCGGUAGAGCUGACGAGGCUACACAUCCUGACUCCAUUAGAGCCACUUUAGCUGAGUUCCUCUCUACUUUUGUCUUCGUCUUCGCAGCUGAAGGAUCUAUCCUCUCUCUCGAUAAGUUGUAUUGGAACCAUGCGGCUCAUGCUGGAACAAACACACCAGGAGGAUUGGUUUUAGUGGCGUUGGCUCAUGCGUUUGCUCUGUUCGCUGCUGUUUCUGCAGCUGUCAAUGUCUCUGGUGGACACGUGAACCCCGCAGUCACUUUUGGUGCUCUUAUUGGAGGCAGACUCUCUGCGAUCCGUGCAAUCUAUUACUGGAUUGCUCAGCUUCUUGGAGCCAUUCUCGCUUGUUUGUUGUUGAGGCUCGCCACAAACGGCAUGAGACCGGUUGGUUUCCGUGUGGCAUCUGGAGUUGGAGCACUAAACGGACUCGUGUUAGAGAUCAUUUUAACAUUUGGUCUAGUCUACGUCGUGUAUUCGACUUUGAUUGAUCCAAAACGUGGAAGCCUCGGGAUCAUAGCGCCACUUGCAAUCGGUCUCAUAGUUGGUGCAAACAUCUUAGUUGGUGGACCAUUCUCCGGUGCGUCGAUGAAUCCAGCUAGAGCCUUUGGUCCAGCAUUGGUUGGAUGGAGAUGGCAUGACCAUUGGAUCUAUUGGGUUGGACCAUUCAUCGGUGGCGCUUUAGCCGCCCUUAUAUACGAGUACAUGGUCAUACCCUCUGAGCCGCCUACGCACCACAGCACCCACCAGCCCUUGGCUCCUGAAGAUUACUAG